AUGAAGAACGGAAAAUCUGGCGGAGACGAUGGAAUUGUCGAAGAAAUGCAGAAAUCUCUUCCCCAUCUGGGAUUCGUGGGAUUACGAAGACCAUCCGUUCAAUAUCGACUGACGAAAAGAUUAUUAGCCCUAAAGACACGCUACCAUAAUUCCUCUCUACAAGAAGUUAUCCGUCAAGGAAUCCAGGAAUUACUAAGGAAUAUCAGUGCUGCGUGUAAUGUGGAAGGUUCUGAAGCGGAUCAUCUUGGAUCAAGUAGUCAAACAUCGCGAAGAAACCACGAAACCGACGAACAAGCACUCUUUCGCCCUGUUCGAUGGACUAUUGAUGAAGUGUUUAUUGUGAGGAGAGUAAUUGAAGCUUAG